AUGGGAUAUGGGAACCGACCACGAACGAACGAGGGCAAACUGGCCACCAUUGCCUAUGCCUUAGUCGGCAUUCCACUAAUGUUACUGUUUCUAUCAAAUGUUGGCAAACUGUUAGCCAAAGGGCUUAAGCUAGUGUACGGCUAUUGUUGCAAUUGCUCAAGCAACGAUCCAGACCUGGAUCAACAAGGUCUGCACGCUCACCACCACCUCCACGAUCACUAUCACGUGCAUCACAUCGCCCUCAACGACGUCAACUCUAGCGGACAUCUACUCCACUGUAACUCUAACAACGAUCCCUACCAAAGGACCGCUAAGUGCUACUCCGCCUGCAAUUCAAACUCUCAAAGAGAUCAGUACAGUGUGGGCGGCGCCGGUCUCGAGGCCGAGACCAAAAUCUGCACCGAUAUGUCGGACCAUCACUCGUGCGCCGGCACUCUUAAUAGAGCCCACUCUCACUCACAUCACUCCAUACUGAGGAACGCCAAUCCGCACAACACGUCCGACCAUAUGAUUGGCAAUAGUCUCGAUCCGGUCUCUCAUCAAACGUCCACCGAAUCGGAGACCCGGGAUGUGACGGUUCCUAUAAUUCUGUGCGUUUUGCUCAUUACCGGCUAUGUUAUGGUCGGCGCCUCUCUCUUCAUAGUGUGGGAGGGAUUCACUCUAAUUGACGGCUCGUAUAUUGCAUUCUGUUUGCUC